GGGAGGGAGCAGCCUCUGCAAACUCAGAGUAUUGGACAAUCAGAAGACAGAAGUUUCAAAAUCAACAGAUGAAGGACUCUCCAUUGUUUGCAGUCCUCGCUUUGACAUCAAUGUCUGACAGUCACUCAUUCCAUCGGAACGACAAUAAUUUUCCAACUAUGAUUCUGUGAGAAAGAACAAAGCUUUUUGGUUCCAGUUUGAGUACGUUUUCAGCAUCAGUGGGACUGGAUGAGAGACCAUACUGUUGCAGCGCACUGUGUGGAGCCUGAAGCAUUUAUACGACCUGGAAAAAGAAAUUCACAGUGGGGAGGGGCUCCACACAUGUUUGUGCGUGGCUGAAGCGUUGGCCAUGGAGAAACCCGAGGAAUCCUGCCCCGUAGAGAAACUGUGGAAGUGUGGCGACUGCGGGAAACGUUUCCAUGUCCCGUCUGUCCUGGAGACUCAUCGGCGCAGCCACACUGGGGAGAAGCCGUUCUUCUGCUCUGUCUGCAGGAAGGGCUUCAGCAAUUCUUCCACCCUGCUGAGGCACCAGCGGAUUCACACAAGGGAGAGGCCCUUCAGCUGCCCCGAUUGCGGGAAGGGCUUCAGCGAUUCCACCAACCUGGUGACCCACCAGCGGAUUCACAUGAGGGAGAGGGCCUUCAGCUACCCUGAGUGCGGGAAGGCUUUUCGUGAUUCCUCCGCCCUGCUGACCCACCGGCGGAUCCACACAGGGGAGAGGCCCUUCAGCUGCCCCGAGUGCGGGAAGGCCUUCAGCAAUUCCUCCACCCUGCUGACCCACCGGCGGAUCCAAACAGGGGAGAGGCCCUUCAGCUGCCCCGAGUGUGGGAAGGCCUUCAGCAAUUCCUCCAACCUACUGACCCACUGGUGGGUUCACAUGGGGGAGAGGCCGUUCAGAUGCCCUGAGUGUGGGAAGGCCUUCAGCAAUUCCUCCAACCUACUGACCCACUGGUGGGUUCACAUGGGGGUGAGGCCGUUCAGAUGUUCCAAGUGCGGGAAGGCCUUUACCCAGGCCUCCAACGUGCUGAGACACCAGCAGAUUCACUUGGGGGAGAGGCCAUUCCCCUGCACAGAGUGCGGGAAGGCCUUUAGCAAUUCCUCCAACCUACUAAUGCACCGGCGGGUCCACACGGGGGAGAGGCCAUUCAGCUGCCCCACGUGUGGAAAAGCCUUUACCCAGGCCUCUGCCCUGCUGAGGCACCGGAGGAUCCACACGGGGGAGAGGCCAUUCAGCUGCCCCAAGUGCGGAAAGGCCUUUACCCAGGCCUCCACCCUGCUGACCCACCAGCGGAUCCACACGGGGGAGAGGCCUUUCAGCUGCUCAGAAUGUGGGGAGGGGUUCAGUCAGCUGAGCCACCUGCGGAGGCACCGGCGGGUCCACACCGGGGAGAAACCGUGGAAGUGUGGGGAUUGCGGGAAAGGAUUCCGCUCCCCCUCCGUGCUGGAGAUCCACCGCCGUGUCCACACCGGGGAGCGGCCCUUCACCUGCUCCGUCUGCGGCAAGGGCUUCACCCAGUCCUCCCACCUGCUGACCCACCAGCGGGUCCACACCGGGGAGCGGCCCUUCACCUGCUCCGUCUGCGGCAAGGUCUUCUCUGACUCGUCCCACCUGCUGUCCCACCAGCGUGUCCACACCGGGGAGCGGCCCUUCACCUGUUCCGUCUGUGGCAAGGGCUUCACCAAGUCGUCCAACCUGUUCUCGUACCAAUGGGUCCACACCGAGGAGAGGCCGUUCAGCUGCUCCGUCUGCGGCAAGGGCUUCUCUCACUCGUCCCACCUGCUGACCCACCAGCGGCUCCACACCGGGGAGAGGCCGUUCACCUGCUCGGUGUGCGGCAAGGGCUUCUCUCACUCGUCCCAUCUGCUCAAGCACUGGCGGGUCCACACCGGGGAGCGGCCCUUCACCUGCUCCGACUGCGGCAAGGGCUUCUCUCACUCGUCCCACAUGCUCAAGCACCGGCGGGUCCACACCGGGGAGCGGCCCUUCACCUGCUCCGUCUGCGGCAAGGGCUUCACCCAGUCGUCCCACCUGCUGCAGCACCAGCAGGUCCACACCGGCGAGGGGGCCUUCACCUGCUUCGUCUGCGGCAAGGGCUUCACCCAGUCGUCCACCCUGCUGACCCACCAGCAGGUCCACACCGGGGAGCGGCCCUUCACCUGCUCGUUGUGCGGCAAGGGCUUCACUCGCUCGUCCGCCCUGCUGCGGCACCAGCGGGUCCACACCGGGGAGCGGCCCUUCACCUGCUCCGUCUGCGGCAAAGGCUUCACCCAGUCGUCCAACCUGCUGCGGCACCAGCAGGUCCACACCGGUGAGGGGGCCUUCACCUGCCUGGUCUGCGGCAAGGGCUUCCCCCACUCGUCCGGCCUCCAGAUCCACCAGCGGGUCCACACGGGGGAACAUCCUUCCGAUAGACCAGAAGUGCACAUAAUACAGAGGAACUUCGAUUAUCCAGAAUUAGAUGAACCAGCACGGUGGCUCAGUGGGUAGCGCUGCUACCUCACAGUACCAGGGACCCGGGUUUCAUUCCUGCCUCAGGCGACAGACUGUGUGGAGUUUGCACAUUCUCCCCACGUCUGCGUGGGUUUCCUCCUAGUGCUCCGGUUCCGUCCCACAGUCCAAAGAUGUGCAGGUCAGGGUGAAUUGGCCAUGCUAAAUUGCCCGUCGUGUUAGGUACAUUAGUCAGAGGGAAAUGGGUCUGGGUGGGUUACACUUUGGAGGGUCAGUGUGGACUGGUUGGGCCUGUUUCCACACUGUAAGGGAUCUAAUCGUCAAGCGACUGAAAUACAUCCUGCAUGUGUCCUUUGGAUAAUCGAGGUUCCUGUGUAUUCCAAAAGUGGCCUAACCAACGUCCUGUCCAGACCCCAACCCCUAUACUCAGUGCUCUGACCAAUAAAGUGAUCUGCAGAAUCUGCGGGACUUGCUUAAUCCUGGGAGGUAAAUCACGUGUUUCUCCUUCUCUUGCAGGUGGAUCCAAGAUUUCACUCUCUGUCCCAUUGAGUCUCCAGUCAGGUCCUUCAGCUCAACUGGUCUCUCUCAGUAUUUCUGACCCAUGUGAGC